AUGCCGUACCCCCGGGAGACCCCGUCGCUGGAGCACAAGUCGCUGGACAGCCUCGGGAGCUUCCACGCCGACUUCCCCGACCACAGGCGCCAGGACUUCAGGAGCAGUGGUAGCCGCAGCUGCUGCGGAGUUGGGGGCCUGGAGGAGGUGUUAAAGGUCAACCGGCUUGGGGGCAUGGGUUUGGGGGACAAGGAGACCUGGGAGGGCUGGGGCAGAACGGGCCCCACCCUGGGCAUGCUGGUUCCCUUCAGCUUCAACGACAUUGACUGGGACUGGCGACUGUGGCAUUCUGUCAGCUGGGUGUGGUGUGAACUGGAGGUGGCCCUGCUGGAGUGGUGGACCCAGGACCUGCACACAAGAGGGGUGCUGAGGAUUGGCAGUGCCCACUCCUAUGCCAUCCUGUGGGUGGACGGGGUCGAUGUGCUAGAGCAUGAGGAGGGCUAUCUCCCCUUCAAGGUCAACAUCAGCAGCCUGGUCCAGGUGGGGACCCUGCCCUCUCACCUCCAUGUUAUUAUCACCAUCAACAACACACUCACCCCCUUCCCCCUGCCACCAGGGACCAUGCAUUACAUGACUGACACCUCCAA